UUCCAGGCGGGUGGCAGCUGCAGGCCGAUCGCCUGGCUCGCAGGAUGGACUGGCCACACAACCUGCUAUUCCUUCUCACCAUCUCCAUCUUCCUGGGGCUGGGCCAGCCCAGGAACCCCAAAGGCAAGAGGAAGGGGCAAGGGCGGCCUGGGACCCUGGCCCCUGGGCCUCACCAGGUGCCGCUGGACCUCGUGUCCCAGGCAAAGCCAUAUGCCCGCAUGGAGGAAUAUGAGAGGAACCUGGGGGAGAUGGUGGCCCAGCUGAGGAACAGCUCCGAGCCGGCCAGGAGGAAGUGUGAGGUCAACCUGCAGCUGUGGCUGUCCAACAAGAGGAGCCUGUCACCCUGGGGCUACAGCAUCAACCAUGACCCUAGCCGCAUUCCUGCAGACCUGCCGGAGGCACGGUGCCUAUGUCUGGGCUGCGUGAACCCCUUCACCAUGCAGGAGGACCGCAGCAUGGUGAGCGUGCCCGUGUUCAGCCAGGUGCCUGUGCGUCGUCGCCUCUGCCCGCUGCCGCCACGCACCGGGCCCUGCCGCCAGCGCGCAGUCAUGGAGACCAUCGCCGUGGGCUGCACCUGCAUCUUCUGAGA